GAAGUGCCAGAUAAGAUCGCGGGUAGAAAGUUCUAGGAGCACUCGCCUCACUAGGAGGUGCAUCUAUGCCGGACAACCAGAGAAGGCCCCAUGUUCAACGGACUAGCCAGGUCCUGCAGCGUUGUCGCACCGGCGUACCGCGGGCGGUCGAGACGAGCAAAAGUGAGUGGGUUCGAAAAGCACCAUCUGCACACUCAAGGGGGAAAAUCCCAAAAAAACUCAAAAUUACGGCCCAAUACAAGUAGGGGGGGGAUAGGAUCGGUGUGUGUUGUGAAUUGUGACACAUCGGGGCCUACGCAGGCCCACGGGCCGUCCCCAACGCUGUGGCUCUCCUCCAGUCGUUCCAGGAACAGCAAACCCUCGGGCAUUUAUGGCCAAGAAGCCAGGUGCAAGAAGAUUGUGCCAGCGAAGGAGAAACCCCAGCUGGGAGUGGUUGAGGAAGAUGUGCGAGUCAGGUCGACGGGAUCAGUGCAUGGAACAUCCAGCUGGAUGGUGACAACCGAACGAUCCACCAGGAUGGGAGAGUUUGCGAUGGCAAUGGCUAUCAGGGACAGCCCAGCCUUCGCUUUUUGGACAGACCCAGCAGCGGUCAGACAGGGAGUUUGGUGAUUAGGCAGUCUCAAUAGUCACCAACACGGCGAUGCGCAGCUAAAAUGCCUAAAGGGCCCAUCCGUCCUUCUCCCUGAGUAAUAUGGUUUUCCCACCACCACUCUUUGGAUCAGACUUCGUUCCUCCUUUCCGUUUUGAGCAGCUCUACCGGCGUUCCCCUGUCCAAUAUUCCUCGGGUAUCUGUAGAAUCUAGUUUUGUUGAACCUUUCCUUUCCCUGUUUCUGCUGUAGGCGAUUGUCUGGAUGGGAUGGUUUCCUCACGCCCCUUCAUACACGCUCGAAGAACCUCCCGCAAGGGGGU